UACUUAUUUAAACGUUUAUUCAUUUACUGGCCCAAUAUUAAUUUAUAUAAUUAAAUAUUAUACUAUAUUUUUUAAAAGCAAUAAAGUAAGUUUAUAAACAACAAACUUAAUUGCUAACAAUGGUGAUGAUAUGUUCUGUAAAUUCAGAUAUAAUUUUCCCUCAAAUACAAUUAAGAUCAUUGAUAUCUCAUCUUAGACAAAAAAUCUUAUGGAACAAAUACGAUACGAUUGGGAUUCUUUAAAGGAGAAAGAAGAACUUAAAAUUAUGCACAAACGCGCUAACAUCGGAAAACGUUUCACAUUCAUUAUGAUAAUAUUGACGUACACAAUGAUAUUUCUGUGCAUGUUAACAUUUUUUUGGCCAAACAUUCUUGACAUCAUGAUACCUUUGAACGAAUCGCGCCAACCAUGGAAUUUUCCGGACACGAUGGAAUAUUUUAUCAAUCAGAAGAAAUACAUUUAUUUGUUAAUAGUUUACGUGAUUCUGAUAGGCUUCAUUGGUGCUACCAUAUUGAUAGCUUUAGAUACGCUCGCUAUAAUGUGUGUACAACAUGCAUGCGCAAUGUUUCAGAUCACCAGUUAUCGAAUUGAAUGCAUUGUAAAUAAAAGCCAAAUGAAAUCAUUAGCCAUUUCAAAAAAGUCUGACACUUAUAAAAGCAUCGCAAAAGCUAUCGAUAGUCAUCUAAGAGGCAUCAAAUUCGUCGAAUCUAUGAAAUCCAUUUAUGAAACUGUCCACUUGUUCAUAAUUCCUAUAGGCGUGACAGUGUUAAGUAUUAAUUUGUAUCUUCUUUGUGAAUACAUUAUGGCAGAUACUAGGGACUCUGGCAUAAUCAUAACAUUUGGGUUCAUUAUCUGUCAUUUCUGCUACAUGUUCCUCAACAAUUACAUUGGUCAACAAAUAAUAGACCACAGCAACAAUGUAUUUAAAAAAAUAUGCAGCACUCGAUGGUACGCGACUCCACUAUACACGCAAAAAUGUCUUUUGCUCAUGAUGCAUAGAAGUAUGAAAAGUACCACAUUGAGCAUCCGUUGUGUAUUUUUGCCAUCUUUGGAAGGCUUUGCUACGCUCACCAACGCAUCGCUAUCGUAUUGUAUGGUAAUCUAUUCUAGACGCCACUCAUAAUUACAAAAUAGACGCGUUAAGUAAUCGACAAAUAUUUUUGUGGAGGAAACUGUUUUUGUGUUAAAUAGAGAAACUCACAUCUUUGAAUCUUUAGGAACUUGUUAUCCAACUGUAUUCAUAUCGUUUCUAUUCUAAUAAGUUUUAUUGAAUUGAGAGAAACGAGUUAUAAUAUUUCUUUAAAUAAUUAAAGUAAAUAGCUUGAGUAGUUCAUACGACUUGAUUGAUCUUAUUCGAUCGAUACCAAAAUCACGAUUUAUUUCGUAACACAAGAUUUUAUUACAUAAAAAAAAGUCAGCUAUUUAAAACGCUCACGAAAAAGAUAAAACGUUACGUUUGGACACUAGCCUGU